AUGACUGAGAGAUCAAUUAUCAGGAAAAAGAAACGUGGCCUCAUCAAUGGGUUGUCUUACAUAUUCAAAUGGAGUUUCGGCAUGCCUAACGCAGACGAUGCCCAAUAUUAUGAAGAUUCAAUAAAAAUGUUGACAAAUAAUAACAGACAAACACAAACAUUGCUGAAAUCACAGGUUCAAAUAAUUGCAAACGCAAUUAGAAAUUUCAAUAACUCCUUGUUUUCCCUUGAGAGUCAAGAGAAAGCAAUGAAUCAAAAUAUUCAGAAAAUUAAUUCUUUCACUGCCCAGACAAACUCUUAUAUAUCUGAUUUAGAAAUGAUAACGACAUUCAAUCAACAAAUCACUAUACUCCAUAUACUUGACAAUAUCGUUUUUGCAUUACAAAUUCCACUUGCGGAUAAAAUGAAAUUUGAACUCUAUGAAAUAAUCCCACUUCCUAUUCAACAUAAUAAUUCACAAUUUUUCUCCUACAUUAUGCCUCAAAGCAAUUACCUCCUAUUAUCACAAUCUCGAUCCCAAUACACUUUCCUUAAUGGAUUGUCUGAUUGUCAUGAGUACCAAGAUGAACAAUACAUCUGCUAUCACCUGCACACGAUAACUUCAAAUAGCAAUCCACCGUGUGAAAUAGAGUUGCUAUCUCCACAUAUGACAAGGAUUCCAGCAUCAUGUACUACAAAAACCAUCAAAGCAACCAUCGAAACCUGGCAUCAUAUCGGGAGGAAUCAAUGGAUUUAUAUUCUCCAAAAACCAACGACGCUUACGAUUAUGUGCGAAGAGAAUGAAAAUCACCUAGAAGAUGUCAUUCUCCAAAAGGUACGCGACAGUACGAAAAACGCGACCUAUUAUAUUCCUCAUAUGAAUAUAAUCGCUGACGACUGUUGUAUCCUGCAGACUCAUUUCAGUACCACUGAGUGA